AUGCCAUGACCACUUCAACGGGCAUUAGUGAGUGAGUAUUAAUGGAGUUAUAUGUUCUAGAAAAUAGAUUUGAUGGAAGCUGACCUGCUUUCUUUGUUUAUCUAUUACAAAUACUUUUUAAACACGAACUGCAUGUAUUAUGGUGUUCUGAUGGCAUAUGGAGGUCUUCAAGAUUUUCUGAAAGACAAAAAUCCAGACUACACAGAAAAAAUGGUCCAAAAUAAUGUGAUGCCACUAUAUUCAUCUGCAUCUUGUUCACCUUAUUUGCUUGAUACUGCAAAUUGGCUUCUUGGAGAACUUGUAUCCUACUUACCUCAGCAAAUGAAUGCAGAUAUGUAUAAUGCGCUUCUCAAGGCAAUGGUGAUGCCUGAUGAAGAUGAUAUAAAUUGCUAUCCAGUCCGUACGUCUGCUGCUGCUGCUAUUGGAGAAUUGCUUGAGUCUUUCUAUGGGCCACCUAAAUGGUUGCCGCUUCUGAAAAUAUUGGUUGGAGUGGUGAAUGAAGAUGAUGAAAACAUAGCCUCUCUUAUGUUCCAUCUUUUGAUGAAUGUAGUGACUUUAGGCGAUCAUAAGAUUACAUGUCAUAUACCUAUGCUAGUGUCAGCAAUAUCUGCUGCUAUUCCAAAGCACGUGCCACCUAGUCCAGAACCAUGGCCACAGGUUUUUGAACCAGCAUUUGCUGCUUUAGCAGCAACUAGUCGUACUUGGGUUGAUUCAGUUCCUGAAGAGGAAGAUCCAAAUGAAACUGCCCAUGAAUGGAAGACUGGUACGGCUACUGUGGUUGGAGCGUUGGCUUGUUUACUACAAAAAGUUUGGCUGUCACCUGUACAAGCAUCAAACAGAGGGAUUGACAUUUCCCUUCCACCAUCGUCAUGCUUAGAUGCAGUUUCUUCAAUACUUGGCGCUCUGAUGAAGCUUAUUAUAGACAAGUCUCAGUUAUUUCAUUUGAGAAUUGAAGAGCUGCUAGUGAUAUGGUCACAGCUGAUAGCAGAGUGGGACGCUUGGAAGGAAAUGGAGGACAUGGCUGUCUUUGCUGCUAUUGAGGAAGUCGUUGUCGUUGUUAAGAAGUAUGAGUUGAAAUCAUUUUUGGUGAGAACGCCUCUACCUCCACCUUCACCACCUGCUCCUCCAUGUUCUAUAAUACGCAUUGGAGCUUUCCUUGCUAAGGCCAUUUCAGCAUAUCCUUCUGCAACAUGGAGAGCAUGCUCAUGUGCACAUAUGUUGCUGCACUUGCCCAGUUUAUCACUCCAAACUGAAGAUGUGAAAAAAGCACUUAUUUUCAGCUUCACCCAUGCAUCUUUUUCACAUUUCAAGGGCAUUCAGCAUAAGCCCUUUGCUUUGUGGAAACCUCUUUUGAUACUUAUUGGGGCAUGUUAUGUAUCUGAUCCUGAUUAUGUUGAGAGAAUAUUGGAAAAGGAUGUGGAAAAUGGAUGUACGAUUUGGGCGUCAGGGAUGGCAUGUAUCUCUUCCAUGUCGUUUGAUCCAAGUCUUUCAUCUAGGUCUGAGAUUAAGUUAGCUGGGUUGACCAGCUUUUCUUGAGAGAUGGAUGUCCUCAUCAGAACAAGAUGCUGGGAUUGUAGGAAAAUGCUUUGCAUCUCUGACAGAAGCCCUUAUUUAUUUAAAAGAAGUUGAAGAUAAUAAUGGUGAAAGUGGUACGGAUGAUGUGACUGAGGAAGAUGAAGAAACUGACACAGAUGAGGAUUCUAAUGAUGAUGAUGAAGAAACAGAGGAAGAGUUCUUGGAGAGAUAUGAACAAGCAACUUCAGGAAAUGUUGAUGUAACUACCAUAGAUGAGGGUGAUGUGGAAGAUCAAACCCAAGAAAUCGAGUUGGGUCACCAAUCUCUGUGCUGUUGGGAAUUUCAGACAUUACUAACAGUCUCACCAGCUGAAAGUAAUAGGUUAUCGCCUCAAGAGGGUGCCGAUAGGUAGUAUCAACCCACAAAACCCUCCAAUAGGUGCCUUCCUAACUCUUUGAGGUUGUGACUAAACGGCUUAAGCUCCGAGCUUUCGAUUCAAUCAAUC